AGCAAAGAGCAGAGUGGUGCUGCCAUCCCACCUCUCUUCGUGUUCCGACUCCACUCGAAACAUGAUGCGCUCGUGUGAUGUAGUGGGGAUGCUCAUGCUCGUCAUGGGGGCACAGGGCUUUGCCGGUCCAGGCUUCUUGCCAGGAUUGUGCCUGGGAAAUGCAGAAUCAGCAGCGGGAUCCACAUCAGCAGCAGCGUCGGUUGCUGGGCGAUGUCCCGCGCGGCAACAUGUGCUACCGUCCAUGUUACUAGCGGGAAGCUCGCGGGGGGAGUACGUCAAAACCGUGCUUGGAGGGGGGGCGCUGGGGCUGGCGACGGCAUUUUCUCCGGCGCUGUCCAAGCGGGCGGAGGCGGCAGCGCAGAGUCUCGAAGAGCUAGAGGCCGAUAUCAUGAUCUGCAAGGAAGUGUUCAAGCCCACCCUACAGUACCUCAAGGCGGAGCAGUUCGACGCUGCACGAACCAACACCAACUACAUUACGCGCUUCUUCAACCUCAAGAAGAAGAUCGACUCGUUUAUCGUCCAAGCUAGCGACGUCGUGGACGACCCGGAUACGGCAAGUUUCAUUGAGAAGGCGUUCGACAUGGCCCAAGAAGUAGAGGCCCUCUUCACCAACUUCGACUCUUCUGUAUACACGAUCAUCUUCAUCCCUGCCGACGCCGAAGGCGUGCUCCCCCCGGGGGCGGAAAAGUACCUCAAACAGGCGUAUGGUUUCUACGAUGACAUCAACAAGGUGCUGGACUUCUACAUAGACCUGGUGCCCCCCGAGACGAAGGCUGCAGCGGAGAAGUUGCUCCCAGCAAAGCGGGCUCCUCUGCCUGGCUUCCUGUUCAAGGAGAAGUCGACGCUCAUGAAGGAAAAGGUGGCAAUAAGCUAACCUGUGCGAAGGGGAACUUAGUUUAGAGGCAAGCCGCUGCAGGGCGAUUGCUGAAGACAAGGGUGGGUUCGGUGAAAAUUGCCGACGAUACUCUAUCUCGCCUUUAUGUCGAUUUGUUGCGGCAAGCUGAGCGUGGCGAUCGUAUGAUCGUGCGCUUUGCGAGGUUGGAAGACCUCCUUGUACUCGAGUACAAGCUUGUGAACAAAAUCGGGACCGUAUAGAGAGGGCACCGCUACUGCAGGCUGCGACACGGGGAGAAGUGUGUUGGACUUGUACACCAUGAGGCUAGAGUUGCCCAGGCAAACUAGGGCGAGAAGCUACACGACGUUCAUCCCGUGCCUCUCAAAUGGAUGCUAUGCUUCGUGGCCUAGGUUGCACCUGGUUUGUGUGGAUCCCAGGACCUUCCUGAGGGACAGCAGGCAAAGGAUAUAAGGAUUGGGGUGUCGGUCGUCAGGACCGCUGAGCAAGUCGGCUAGCUUCUGUAGGGGUCGGUUUUGAGGUCCGUCUUCUACAGGACAGAUAGAACUGAUCGCCAGUGGGAGUCGGGCAGUCCAAGCGUUCGAGCAUCCUGGAGCUGUCUCACCUUACACUAAGGCUGCCUGUGUGCAGAGCCACGGCUGUGGGAGCUAGACUAGAGCGCGAGUGUGUUGAGGUUAGCAGUGCCGCCCACCCGUUGUUGCACGUGUGUGAAAUCACUGCAACUUAGACCUGAAGUUGUAUGUUCAGAGUGCUACAUGCAGAAAGGUUAGGUUAUUUUCUGUGGAUCAAAUAUUUUACUCGCCAGUUUUGACUCUCGCUCCUCGAGAAUCGUCGAGCUUCCCUCUGUUGUGGUUGCCUCGGGAAAGUGAGUGUAUUCGAUGACUGCUGUUUUUGGCUGGCCAAGAUUCGUGCCUUUAGCGGUAAGUGUCCCGAAUUGAUCAAUCGAGCGCCCCGUCUAUUCAAAGCCAGCAGCUCGUCGGGCAAUCUGACCAGCCUGCGGGGCAAAGAGUGAGAGUGAGUCCCG